AUGGCAAAACAAGACUCAAAUUUCUUGAAUAUGGCCUACUCAGAUUUGGUGCCUGUUGGCACUGCGCUUAUCAUAGCUGCUACGUCUUUUGGGCUCGGUGUUAUUUACGGAAACUCUCCGUACGACUUCUACACUCUCUGGAGGUACGAGCCAGAAGGUUUUACGAGAUCUUUGGCCCACUACUCGAAUUGGGCCAACGCUCCAAUGAGAAUCCACCAUAUUUUGCACUUUGUCAUGUUUUUGGGCCUCUCUGGAUGCUUCAUCAAGUUGUACAAGCCUCACGACGAUGUCAAGUACUUUGAGUACGGAACAUUGGGCUUGAUGAUGGUGGGCAUUGUCAUUUACUUGACCAAUUUGAGAAUUGGCGUAAACAGCUGUGUCACGGGCCAAUGGGGUGAAGUUGACCAGAACACCGGUCUUAAUGUGAUGGCUGCGUCGCAAUUCAUGAUUGUCAUUGCCUUGUCGGGUGUGCUUAUUCUCCAGGGUGGCUUGUAUUACGCCCAGUGGUACGAUGCCAAGAUCAAGAGAGAGUUCCUCGCUAAGGAGGCUGCUGAAAGCAAGGAGACUGAAGGUAAGGAGUCAAAGAGUAAGGAGGUCAAGAGCAAGUCUGAAGAAAGCCAAGACGCUGCCAAAUCUACGGGUGUACAGACAAGGUCUAAGGCGAAGGCCAAGGGAAAGAAGAGAACUGCUUGA